AUGCAUGAAAUCACGAGGUUGCGCCAACCGUUGGCGCGCUUCCCUAUAACAAAGCAGCUUCAUGAAGUUAUCAAACAACGCAGAACCAAAGCUCGACCCGAAUUUGUGAGCGAUAGUCUAAUAGAUGAUAUCGUCCAGCGAGUAUCACCCUACCUUCUCCAGAACCCACCGUUGGACAUUGUGGACUUUUGGCCUGGGGCUGGUCUUUUGUCUACUAAACUGAAUGAUCUGCUUAAACCUCGCCGCCAUUUGCUUGUCGAGCCAAAUGUCCUUGUCGCCGACAAAUUCCUCAAGCCUCUCACCCAGAGCAACCCGUGUUACAAGCUCAUCAAUGAAAGCAUGUAUGACAAAACGGAUUGGGCCGAUUUCCUCGUAACCCAUUUCCCAGAGCAAGUUCCUCAUAACCGACAAGUCUCCGAGGCUUUACCGAAGAAUGACACACUCCUCGUGCUGGCUAAUUUGCCUGCCGCCAGUUCUCGUCUGGAUCAUUUCAGACCUGGCCGCUGGUGGCUCGGGAUGUUGAAUAACUGUUUACAUCAAACCGGGUUGAAUGCAUAUGGAUCUAUUCGAGUUCUUGCCACAUCACCCUUCAGCGACAUCGCGGCUGUGUUGCCAAGGUCUGCCAACGAACGCACACGAACUGGGUUGCUGGCAGAGACCUUGGGCUUACACACCAUAGAGAUUGCAAGCCCGGCUGGACCCGAACCAAGCCAUCAAUGGCGCGGUUGGGACAUCAUCCACGACAACCGAAAGCGAGUGGCUCAAAGAACUGCAGCAACUGGCAUUGUCACUCCACCCAACCGAGAGUUUCCCCCUUUAGAGCCGGUGCCACCAGUUACUGGCCGUGGCAAAAAGGAGGCACCCUAUGAACCCCGAGUAUAUCUCGAUGUUCAUAAGGAGAUGUUCAAGGCCAUCGCAGCAGGGGAUGAGUUGGGCCUUAGCACGAUUCGUGAAACCACAGACCCCAAAGCCCAGGCAAUUAUUAAAGAACGGCAAUUGGCUAUUACAAAACUCGCCAGGGAUAAUAAAGCGGCCUAUACCCGUCAAAGAUUUGCCAACAUGAGACUCAAGAUUGACGAAGUCACGCGGGCGUUCUCACGUGCGGCUACGGAUCCCAAGGAGACUCCUGAGAGCCUGAAGGCGUUGGAUGAUGAGAUAAUAUCCCUCAAGUCUACUUUUGACCAGGAGCUGUCAAGUACGCACUUUAUUUUGACCCGGCUGCAUGGACAGACCGUCGAUGACGCUCGCUUGGUCUUCGUAUCCAACAACUUUGAUGAUUCCAUCCUGGCACAUGACCGACGGCCUUUCGAGCCCUUAUACGUCGAAUAUGAGGAGAUUUAUCCCCGUGCGAUCCCGCGUGGACUGAUAUAUUUCGAAGCGGAUCCCAACCCGCCCGCUUUGAAGAAAAUACAUGAUCUGCCAAGCGCACUGCGGCCAGAGGUACUUGAGCGACUCUUCAUAUUGAUGUCGAUUGUCGGCAACCGCGGUACCAUGUCGCUCACCGAACUGUUCGAAAUUCUUUUCCCGAAACGAGCCAUUAAUGAUCUUGUGCGCGCUAUCCCACCGCUUGCGACGUUUGCCGAAAAACGACUCAAACCUGGCUGUGGCCCGAUGCCCCUACCCGACGGAUCAACGUCGGACCCGGUUUCUAGCUACCAGGAUAAUGUGGACUAUGAUCUCCGUGAAGUUCGACUCCGCAUUCUGUCGGUGUCAACGCUGGUGGAUAUUUUGAUGGAGUACGAGAAGCUGCCGGAUAAGCUCUCUCUCAUGCAUUUCAGCCGGGUACUUGGUGGGACGAUGACCAUGUCGCAAAUAGGGGAAGAGGCGAACAACAUGCGCAUUCGAUAG